AGGUCAGAGGGGCGCCAGUGUUCCCCAAGACUCAGUCACGGUCGGUGCUCAGUGGUAUUCGGUAACGCUACAAUUCGGGCUCGUUUACGUUUGCGACGAUCGAUGUACGAAUUGAUCGGGUUUUGAAAUCAUUCAAGUGUGCCAGUGAUAACUUCGAUAGCGUCUCGCCAAUCGUGGCCGUCGAUACCCACUCGGACGAUAAAGUAUCGGCGCGUUGCCGAACCGUGCCGAAUUAAAGUUUUUCACGCUGAAGAAACGUCGAGAUAAAUUCUUCGAGUGUGAAUUUACACGGGAUUCUGUUACUAUUAUUACAUUAUCCUUGUGUGAGUUGCUAGUGUAAUAAGAUAGUGGUACAAGAUGAGGCCGAAGGAGGAGGCGGACACUAAAGUCCAGUCGGGGGGGACUUUUAUACUGUCCGAAAAAAUCGACGAUACAAAAACGAAGAAGUCUGAAAAGGAGAUAAAGAAAGAGAUGAAAAGAUUGGAGAAAGAGAAACUAGAACGGGAGAAGAGGGAGAGGAAGGUUAGAGAAAAGGAAAAGGAACGCGAAAAGCAGUCUAAAAAAGGCAAAGUGGUGUGCGGCGCGUGCGGCGGCAAGUGCAGCGGCGAGGUGUUGCGCGUGUCCGACAAGUACUUCCACACGGCGUGCUUCACGUGCCGCACCUGCACCGCCUCGCUCGCCAGGGGCGGCUUCUUCUGCAAGGACGGACACUACUACUGCCCACAGGAUUACCAGCGCGCGUUCGGCACGAGAUGCGCCGCCUGCAACCAGUACGUGGAAGGCGAGGUUGUCUCCGCCCUGGGGAACACCUAUCACCAGAAAUGUUUCACCUGCGCCAGAUGCAAACGCGCGUUCCCGUCGGGCGAGAAGGUGACGUACACGGGCGCGGAGGUGGUGUGCUCGCGGUGCGUGGCUGCGCCGCAGCGGCAGACGGCGCGUGCGGCGCGAGAGCCGCAAGCCUCGCCCGCGCCCACGCCCGACCCGCAGCCGCAGCCCCGCGCCGCCCCCGCUCCCGCCGCACGCUCCAACCACGCCGCCCACGACGCGCGCCCGCCAGACCAGAACGAAUGUGCGGGCUGUGGACAGGAGUUGUCUGAAGGACAGGCGCUGAUCGCUUUGGAUAGACAAUGGCACACGAGCUGCUUCGCAUGCGGCGAGUGCAGCGCCGUGCUGCAGGGCGAGUACAUGGGGCGCGACGGCGUGCCGUACUGCGAGCGCGACUACCAGCGGCUGUACGGCGUGCGUUGUGCGUACUGCCAGCGGUACAUCUCCGGGAAGGUGCUGCAGGCGGGCGACAACCACCACUUCCACCCGACGUGCGCGCGCUGCAGCAAGUGCGGGGACCCGUUCGGCGACGGCGAGGAGAUGUUCCUGCAGGGCGCCGCCAUCUGGCACCCGCGCUGCGGGCCCGCGCCCCACGACCCGCUCGACCGCGCCUCCUCCGAGCUGCAGUUCUCGCUGCGGUCGCGCACGCCCAGCGUCAACGGCUCCUACGGCAGCCCCUACAGUAGCCUCACCAGGAAGUCGGGGCAGUGGUGGCGCGCGGCGUCGCCCGGGCUGGUGCUGCGCGAGGACCGCGGAGGGGGCGGGGCCGGCGGGGGCAGCCCGCACCGCAUCACCACGUACUCGUACCUGGCGGCCGAGCCGGGCCGGCUGCGGCGGCCGCUGCAGGCCGGGGACCGCGCGCCCGCGUCGCCGCACUUCCACCGGCCGCCGUCGGCCGCCAGCUCGGGCCCCGCCUCGCGCCCCGCGUCCCGCCCCGCCUCCCGCGCCUCCUCGCGGCCCGCCAUGCGCGCGCUCGUCGACUCCAUCCGCGGGGAGACGCCGCGCCCCAAGUCGCCCCACAUGAACAACGAGGAGCCGAUCGAGCUGUCGCACUACCCGGCCGCAUACAAGCCACCGCCGGGCACCAAACCCAAGAUCGAGCGCGACGACUUCCCCGCGCCGCCCUACCCCUACACAGACCCAGAGCGUCGGCGGCGCUGGUCGGACACGUACAAGGGCGUGGAGAGCGACGACGAGCCGGACGCGGGGGUCGUGACCAACGGACACGCGGCCGACCAACAGCUGCGGCGCGAGCAGCACGAGCUGGCCAAGCUGCACAGCGGGCUCGCGCAGGUGAUACUGAAAGAUGUACAAGAACGAGAAAAGUUACAGCAGUGGAAGAAACAGAACUUGGAUCCGAGGAACGCGAGCAGGACGCCGAGUGCGGCGCGCGAGCCGCAGUACCGGCUGCGGUACUCGUCCCCGGUGGGGGCGUCCCCGUCCCGCUCCAUGGACCACCCCCGCGCCGCUCACUCCGCCGCCGGCUACUACGACCACCACGCGGUGCCCUCCUACCACGUGGUAUCCUCGCUGCGGUCUGCUCCUCGGCCCGGCUACGGGCUCGCCAACCGUUCGCACACGUUCUCCUCCAGCACAGCGGGCGACUUCACAUUCAGCGGGAUGGGCGACAAGACGCAUAGCACAGACUUCAGCAGCGGCAAGUCAGACAUAUCUGCCGGCUCUAUAACAGACGUGGACAGGAGUGCUGUGACGACGGACGGCGGGCCGGGCACGGUGGGUCGCGGGGGGGUCUCCCUGGUGGGUCCGGUGGGGGUCUCGGGGGUCACGGCGCUGGGCCCCCGCACGGGCGUGCGCCGCUCGCUGCCCAACAUGGCCACGUCGCACCUGGUGCACGAGCCCGCCAAGCUGUACCCGUACCACCUGCUGCUCAUCACCAACUACCGCCUACCGCCCGACGUCGACCGCCUCAACCUAGAGAGGCACCUUUCGGACGCGGAAUUCGAGGCGAUCCUGCAGACCACCCGGCCGGAGUUCUACCGACUGCCGCAGUGGCGCCGCAACGAGCUCAAGAGACGCGCCCGGCUGUUCUAGAACCAGCACUGCCUCACCAGCACCAGCACGGCCUGCAGCUGCGAGCCGACAUGGACCGGGACGUCUGGACCACUCGUCGAUAUCACUCCGGUUUUGAUGUAGCCGUGUACUAUUAAUAUGCUUACAUUUAAGUCAGGGAGAGCGGAUCGUCAAUUUGAUGGGAUUUAAGCAGAGAAUAGGAAUAGUAUGGUGUAGAGAAGCAAUGUAAGCGAGUGGUCCGUGCAAGCGACGUGCGGCGCGCGCUGUUGUUUAAAUUAUAAACAUAUUAUUUAUUUGCGAAGUUGUUUUGGUGCAGCGCCGCACGAGGUCGCACCGUACGUUCUGUACGGCCCGUACGGCCCGUACGGUCCGUACGGUCCGUACGGUCCGUACUGACGUUACGCGGCGUUUUUCAAUUUAGUUUAAGUAACAUAGUGAUGAUAUUAAUAACUAUUGACAUAAUAAAUUCGUAUAACUAGCGCGAGGACAGUUCAUAGAACUGGCGCCGCCCUCCGCCGCGCCCGAUGCCUUGUUUUUAUAAAUUAUAAUUAUAUAUAUUGUGAUUUGUGUGAACGCGUGUACCACUUUGUCUUAGUGAGAACCAAAUAUAUUACAGCGUAUAAGUUGCGUUACUUCGCUUUAGGUGAUAAGUUGGGACAAAUAGACUCUGUCGCUAUGUAACGGUAGGUAGCUGGUAAGUGUAGCUUUCGUGAGUGGUCCGCGGGACUCGCCACGGCGCUCUCGUACACUGACGUACGCGGCUGUACGCGGCAGUACGCAGCUGUACGCCGCCGCACGCCAGUGUAUGGUCCGUCGGAGCCGGACCGCACACUUCGAACUAACGCGUCGAUUUUCGAUUAUUUUUUAAAUAUCAUAUAGAUGUUUCAUGCAUUUUGAAAGGUGCUGCUAGGUGUCAGUGUUAUUUAACGAAUGUCUCAAAGCAGCUGUGAGUGGAGUGCACGCCCGUAGUCUCGCGUGAGCGGUGGACAGACAGACAGACACCGCUUCAUUCACGCGCACGCCCCUUGUGUAGUACGACAACUGGUUUGUGUUCAUUGUCUAUUGCAGUAGUAAUACAAUAUUAUUUUAUGAUAAAUAACUUUUAUGUUUGGUAGAUAACCUUCCGCCUCACAUCAGUAAUGUUCAUAUUGUAGAUAGCCUCAUGUUUAUGAAUUCCGGUGGACUCACACGUGUCUCUGUCCACUAUAGUCUGUUUUUAAAUCCCGGAGACUAAAUUGACAGGUGUAAAUGUCAAAUUUUUAAAUAAUGUUACCACCCACAGCGGUGUAUCUCUCGGAAACUUUUAUUUUCACAUAUUAGUUUUAAAGCUUUAAAUGACGUUUCCACAACAGAAUUAUAAUAUAUAAUACUAGUGUUUCCAUUACUGUUGUCGUAUUAUACAGUAUAAAAAUACAUUUUUGUCGUUUCCGUAUAAAUAGUAUUUUUUACAGUAUUAAACUACAAACCAAAAGUUUUUUUCUUUCAAACAGCAAAUUAUUUUAAAUAGGUGAUUGUUUUAUAAAGAAGGCAGUUAAAUUUUAUUUUAGUGAAAA